AUGGUUAUCAGCACGAGCGUCAGUAUCCAGCCUGCGUCCACGGUGAACGUAACAUACACUCGCGAUGUUACAACGACACAACCACCAACAACCUUGAUCUCAACGCAACCGACUACGAUUAUCUCGACAGCUAUAACAACAGCCUCAACUGUCAUUAUUUCGACUUAUGCGACGACAAUUCCACCGCGUACGGAGACUGCCACCUUUGUCAGCACGAUUCCGGCUAGCACCGUAAUAUCCAUACUUCCGGCAUCGACAGUGAUUAGCACGUAUCAGACAACAAUCCCAGCAUCUACUGUCGUUACAACUCUACCCGCAUCGACAGUUAUCGUUGUCCAGCCGGCUUCCACGGUAAUCACGACUCAAAGCGCUAGAGUGGUCACAGCCACCUAUCUUGUGACGCAAGACGCCUCGACAAUCAGUGUCACAGCAACAACGACUAUUCCGGCUUCUAAGUGCUUCUACCGUCACAUUCACUCAGCCUGCUUCUACAGUCACCCAGACCAGCUCAAUCGUCUUCAGUGCAUCUACGAUAACUGUCACUGGCACCACUACAAGAGCAAUCACCACCACCGCAGUCACAACUGUCACAACUACAAAUCUUGGAAGAGUUCCUGCACCGUCCGCCUGCAAUAA